GACUGAGUGCUCCGUUCUGACAAUAUUCUCUGUACGAUGCUCACUGUUUUUGUUGGGCUUCGUGUUCACAGAUUUCUAUUUUCCAUGUAACACCAAAUCUGUAAACCAUAUUUAUUUAACAAUCUCACAGAUUUCCCUCUUUAACUCCUCCAUUUUUAACCCACACUUUUCUCAAAAUUGGUAAUCAAUUCUUUUUUAAUAUUCUUCCUCUAAAUCCAACAAUUGAUUGUUUUCCCUUUGUAACGUUUUCAUUGUUCCCAAUAGUUGACUGUUGCACAGUAAUCCACCCACCCACAUUACUCAUUCACUUACUCCUCUUUCUGGGUUUUUUUAGGGCUUUUGUGUUCUUGUUGAGUCUGUUGAUCUUCUUGGUUUUCUUGGGUUUUUGUUUGAUUUUUGGGGGAUUUCUGCUUCCGGGUUGGGGUUAAAUCGUUGAAAGAGGCUUUUUUGAGGCGGUUUUUUGGUGGUUUGGUAUAAUGUUGAUCAAAAUGUUGCCUUUUUAGUUGUGUAAUGUUGUGAAAAUUUGUGAUUCUUUUGAGAGUUUUGUGGGUUCUUGAUCUUCUUGUGAGUUUUCAUUGAGCUUUUGUGGUGAAAUAAAGUUAGUUAGUUUGGAGUUUGUGAAGCUGAUUAAAGCUUUACAGUGUAAAGUUUUUCAACUUUGUGGUCUUCUGUUGUGAUCUUCAAGGAAUGGCUUAUUAGAUACUAGCUUAAGGAACUUUGAAAGAUUUAUAUACUGGUUUCUGCUGGGACCUUUUUUGCUUGAAGAUUUUAAUUAAUUUGUUCUAUUGAGCUUGGAAUAAGAAUAAUGUGCUUUGAUUACAAAGUUGCUUUCUUUUUUUGAUGGGAGAUUCUGGGUUUUAGAAAGUAUGAUAUAGAAGAAAGAAUUUAGAUCUAGUAUUCUGAGGUAAAAGUUCAUUUGUAUGAGAAAAAUCAGUUGUUGAACAUGGAUUUUUUUAAAGUUAAAAAGUUUAGGAAAACUCACAAACCAGACCCAGAAAAGGAUUUGGAAGAUAAGCCAGUUCCACAGCCUGAGGAACCCAAAAAUGAGAAUGUGAGUGGUGAUGAUUUGAAUAAAUCACCUAACACUGACUCUAGUAAUGAGUAUGAGGAUGAUGAUGAUGAUUUUAUAACAAAUGAGGUGAAGAGAAGGCUGAAAGAACUUAGGAGGAACAGUUUCAUGGUACUGAUUCCGGAAGAGGAGCCGUGUGCUGAAGAGGAGGAUGAGGAAGAGGAGGGCGGCGAGACGAGUUCUUGUGAGUGGAGAGAUGUAGAGGCAGAAGGUAGACAAUGGUGGGGUGGAUUUGAUGCUGUUUAUGAUAAGUAUUGCGAGCGAAUGCUGUUCUUUGAUCGGAUGAGUGCGCAGCAGCUCAAUCUAGCUGGGCCUCAAAUUCCUUCAACUCCAUCUCCAAAAUCCACAUCAAAAAAGCUUGCAUCUCCGUUUCGAUGCCUUUCUAUGAAAAAGAUUGAAGAACCUGAAGAAGAAACUGAGCACCUGCAACAGCCAGCUCGUAACGCUUAUCAAGAUCUUGAAACUGCAUAUGUAGCUCAAAUGUGCUUAACUUGGGAGGCCCUUCACUGCCAAUACACUCAACUGUGUCAAAAGAUCUCAUGCCAACCCGAAAAUCCCACAUGUUACAACCAAAGUGCUCAGCAUAUUCAACAGUUCCAGGUUUUAUUACAAAGGUUUAUAGAAAAUGAGCCUUUUGAACGAGGUCUUAGGCCUGAAAUUUAUGCUCGUACCAGGAAUGUUUUCCCAAAACUGCUUCAAGUUCCAAAUAUAAAAGGUUCAGCUCAAAAAGAGAAAGAGACUGAGGAAGAAGAAUCCAAUUUUGUGGUCCUUGCUUCGGAUCUUACCAAGAUUAUUGAGAGUUCGAUCAUGACUCUGUACCUUUUCCUAAAGAUGGACAGGACAAAGUCAGGUGGUGUCCUUUACCUGUUUGGAAAUCAGAGCCAGAUUGCAACCCCUCUUCAUCAAGUUCAAUCUUCUCUUGAAAAGAAAAAGAUGAAGCUGAAGGAACUGCAUAAAAAGAGUAAGGGCUUUAAAAAGAAGUCCUGGCCUCAAACAUGGGAAGAUAUUCAGCUGCUGUUUGGCCUCAUCGACAUCAAAAUCAUGUCAAGGGUUCUUAGAAUGGUGAGGAUCACCCAAGAGCAGUUGUUUUGGUGUGAAGAAAAGAUGAAAAGGUUAGAUUUAUCUGACGGAAAGUUGAAAAGAGAUCCCUCUCCUAUCCUUUUUCCUUGUUGAUAGUCGUGGGGAAGAUUGAACAAGCAAAUUUAUCUAAUGGUCAGCUGCCAAAGAGAUCCUCCCCUAGUUCUUUUCAAUUUUGGGUGCUAUUCAGGACCUUUCUUUGAGGAUGAUAGAAAUACCAAUCUUCCAUAUAUUGUCAAUUCAAGGUUUCAUGAUACUAGCUUUAUGUUAAGGAGUGUUGUACAGGCAAUAGGGCGAUGUAUUGCGGAAGUCUUUGGUGUCGAAGUCUGCGAUAGAUGGCAAUUUGAUUGCAUAUGGUUAAAAUUAUUUGUUGAUCUGCACCAGUGGCAUAAAGGAAGAAGUAAUUCUGCUAUCUUUCGGAAAAAGGGUUUCUUAUGGGCAUUAGUAGGAGAAAGGACAGGUGAAAAGGGCAGCCUAUAAUUUGAUAAAUGUAAGCUUCUUUAAUGAAAAACUGUAUGAAGUUGUAGGAGGGUGUUAUUCUCUUUGCAACCAUUUUGUUGUUGCAGAGAUACGUUGUUCAUGCGUUGUGAAAAAGUGAUUUCUAAAUUU